AAUAUUUUCAUUAUUUCCUCAUUCUUCGUUAUUAUUCACUUUUGAAAAAGUUCUAUCCUACGAUGCUCUCGACUUCCGCAAGCCUUUAUCUGAACGAGCUGAUCAAUGAGAUGAGACAAUUAUCGGAGACACCAAUUGAUUGUAAAAAUGCAAGAAUGUUGUUGUCAAAAGAGAUUUCGAAAGUUUUCGAUGAAUUGUAUCGUCACGGUCAAGGGUUUAUAGAUAAUGGAUAUGGUUCAGAUUAUAAUAAGAAUGAUUUUUACUCGCCGCAUUCCGCAAAUUCUGGCUACUCUGCAUCUCCAUUCCCAUCUCGUCCAUCUCUUCCAAACCAUGCGUUGUCCACAUCGUUUUAUCAUAAUUCAUUCAUGACACCAAUUAGAAAUGGAAGAAUGCGAUCUCCGGAUCAAGAUCUUGGAGAUUGGUCUCGUGAGAAAAUUAAUGAUACUCAGCAUGUGCUUCAGACAAAAGUUUAUAUUCCGGAGCCACCGGUUUCCAUUGACGGGAAGAAAGUAAAAUGCAACUACAUUGGUCGCAUUCUUGGUCCAUCAGGAAUGUCUGCAAGAAUGAUUGAAAAUCAAUAUGAUGUUACUCUUCUUAUUCGUGGAGCCGGAUCUGUCAGAAACAAGGCAAUGGAUGAAAGAGUGAGGAAGAGAAAUGAACACUUGGAGGAGCCCCUUCACGUUCUUCUUAUUGCAAGACACAAUGACAAGACAAAAUGUGAGGAGAUUCUCAACAAGGCUGCAGAAAAAAUUGAAAGUCUUUUGACUCCAAUUCAUGAUGAGUACAAAAUGGAUCAAUUGGUUAGUUAUGCAAAGAUGAAUGGAACUUAUCAGGAAAGACCAAAAAGAAAAAGCCAAUUGGAUGAGCAAUCCCAUAGUAAUUAUUGGGCUCCACACUGAAAGAGAUGUAGAAGAUCCAGAAAUUAUAAACUUAUUUGAUUCUGCGGAUAUAAAGGAUUUGAAUUG